AUGGCCUCGAUAGUUGAUCUGCAGACUCUGCGCCGUGCUGCCCGGUCCUUCACCUUGCCAUGGGAAGUGCAAUGGCGCUUCUGGCUUGUCCGCUCACCAUGGCUAGUACCGAACUCAAUUCUCAAAAUCACGUCGCCAGAAGGACCGCAUCCGUUUAUAGUUUAUCUCCCAUCAUGGAACGGUCAACAUAAGAUACCACUUUAUGUGUUCCUCCCAUCAGAGGAGCAAGUUUUGAAGCAUGGCGACCGUGGCGUCCCCGUCCAUCUCGACUUCCACGGCGGCGGCUUUAUCAUGGGAUCAUGUCUGGAACAAGCACCCUUCUGUGCAAUGUUGACUCGGGAGAGGGGCUGCGUUACCAUCAGCGUCGACUAUCGCAAAGGACCCAUCGAUCAGUUCCCUGCAGCUAUCGAGGAUGCAGAGGACGCAUUGGCCGCUAUUUUGGAUGCUGACGCAAAGUCUGAAGGCUCGAGCACCUUGCGGAAACAGAUCGAACAGCAUUGGCGUGAAAAAUCCGAAGGAGGUGCUGCUCCACCGAUUACACUUGAUCCAGGCCGCAUCUCGAUAUCUGGAUUCUCUUCCGGCGGCAACCUAGCAUUAAACCUCGCACUAGACAUUCACACGCCUGAUAUCGACUGGCCAGGCUUGCUACCUCACGAUGGCCCGGCAAUACCUCUGCUACUUUUCUAUCCCUCGUUCGACAGCCGGCUCAUGCCACACGAACGCCCAAGAUCUGAAAACAUGCCUCCACCUAACCCGACGAGCUUUCUCGGAUCUAUCGGACCAGUGCUAUCGCCUACCUACCUUCCAAAGGAGAUGCGCGACCAUCCGCGCGCCUCUCCAGGUCUCGCAGACACAGCGGGACUGAAUUCAAGAGCAAGGGUCUUCCUGGUGCUGCCAGAGAUCGACACGCUAGCCAAUCAAAGCGAAGAAUGGAUACAUAAUAUGCAGAACGAAGGGCAUGAUGGUGUCCUAGAGGUUUAUAGAGCGAGAGGUAUGCGGCACGGCUGGACGCAGUUUCCAGAGACUUUUGUGGGAAAGGAGGCACUGGAAGAGAAAAGGAAGGUGUUCCAACGGACGGUGGAGUUCAUGAGUGAGGUUCAGGAUGGCGCGAAUCCGCAGAUUCCUGGAACAGGAGUGUUUAUCAAGUAG